AUGUGUUCUGCUGCCAUGGCGACCAUGGCUCCUCCUCUCACAUUUCUUCUCCUGCUGCUUCAACUGGCUGAUGGCUCAUUCCCAGAGGAACCCAGUCCACUCAGCUACGUCCCCAUUGAGGUGGUGAGAAGGUAUCCAGUGUUCUUGGGCAGAGCUCAUCGUUCAGCACAAAGACAGGAGCUGCACAUCCAGACGGUCCUCCAAGUCAACCGCACGCUCUACAUAGGAGCCAGAGAUGACUUGUACAGAGUGGAGCUAGAUAACGCGGCAGGUGAUGAGAUGUUCUACAGCAAGAAACGUACAUGGGAAUCCAACAAAAACGACAUUCGAGUAUGCCGGAUGAAGGGCAAACAUGAGGGAGAGUGCCGUAAUUUUAUCAAGGUUCUGCUCAGCCAGCACGGUGGCCUGUUUGUCUGUGGAACAAACGCCUUCAACCCACUGUGUGCCAAUUACACUAAAGACACUCUAGAAAUGGUGGGAGAGCCUGUCAGUGGGAUGGCACGCUGCCCAUAUGAUCCACGACAUGCCAAUGUGGCUUUAUUCUCAGAUGGAAGCCUCUUUACCGGUACUGUGACAGACUUCCUGGCCAUCGAUGCAGUGAUCUAUCGUAGCCUCAGCGACAGCCCCGCCCUCCGCACAGUCAAACAUGACUCCAAAUGGUUCAGAGAGCCCUACUUUGUGAGUGCCAUGGAAUGGGGGCCUCAUAUUUAUUUCUUCUUCAGAGAGAUGGCCAUGGAGUUUCAUCAUCUAGAGAAGGUGAUGGUGUCUCGUGUGGCUCGUGUGUGUAAAGCAGACCUGGGUGGUUCUCAGCGCGUCCUUGAGAAACAGUGGACCACGUUCCUGAAGGCUCGCCUCAACUGCUCCGUCCCUGGAGACUCACAUUUCUAUUUCAACCUCUUACACGCCACAAGCAACAUUAUCCACAUGCAAGGACGAGACGUCAUCCUGGGUCUUUUCUCCACACCACCAAACAGCAUCCCCGGCUCUGCUGUGUGUGUGUUUGACAUGCAGCAGCUUGCUCAUGUCUUUGAGGGCCGGUUUAAAGAGCAGAAAUCCCCGGAGUCUAUUUGGACUCCAGUCCCAGAUGAAGCAGUGCCCAAACCGAGACCAGGAGGAUGUGCAGUCCAGGGAUCCAGAUUUAGCUCUUCUACCACGCUACCCGAUGAAGUGCUGAACUUUGUGAAGACCCACCCACUGAUGGAUGAGACGGUUCCACUGCUGGGGCACAGACCCUGGGUGGUCAAAACUAUGGGACGGUACCAGUUGACAUCCAUGGUGGUGGACACAGAAGCUGGUCCUCAUAAGAACCGCACAGUCUUGUUCCUGGGUUCAACCCGAGGGACCAUCCUCAAGUUUCUAAUGGUCCCCGUUGGAGAUUCUGCCUCCCACUCCAGUGUGUUCCUGGAGGAGGUGGAGGGAUUCAACCCAGAGAAGUGUGGAGAGGACUCUCCUCAGGCUCGUCAGCUCUUGUCUCUGUCAUUGGACCGGGUGAGCCACACUCUGCUGCUGGCCUUUCCUUCCUGUCUGGUCCGAGUGCCCACAUCACGCUGUCACCUACACUCCCGCUGCAUGAAGAGCUGUCUCGCCUCCAGGGACCCAUACUGUGGCUGGACCAGAGGUAGCACCUGCUCCUUCCUGAGACCAGGCACACGGCUCCCUUUUCAACAAGAUGUGGAAUAUGGAAACACCACCUCCCAUCUAGGAGACUGUGAUGGAAUCCUGCAGCAGAGUCUGCUGAUCGAACCGGAGAGCCUGGUCUCCCUCAAUCUGCUGGUGGCAUCUGCAGUCUCUGCAUUCACCAUUGGGGCGGCGCUCUCCGGCCUUGCUGUGUGCUGGAUUAUGGCCCACAAGCCCGCCAACCGCCGCCAUGGCAGCCCCCCCCAAUCCUCUAUUCAGCGGCGUGAAAGGAGCCUGCUGAGUAACGGUGGUGGGAUGGGAGGCUCGGUGCUCAGCGUGACACGGCAGGGAGGUGGGGAACGCCCUUGCUCUCAGGGCGGGGAGACCCUUUUUGUCAUGCCCAACGGCUGGGUGAAGUCAGGAGAGCUCGACCCAGGUUUCCUGCCCACCCCGGAGCACACGCCCCAGCAGAAACGCAGAGGCCUACGACUGUCAGACUCAAAUUCCGGGGGAUGGGACACUAGCCAGACCUACCUGGGAGGAGGCUCUGUGGGUCUGGGCUCACCCUGUCGUAUGCCCCCUUCCGUCUACCUGACCACCAGACUGUUUCCGCAGGGGGGAGGUGGGAGACACAGUGGUGAAUGCCGGGGGACCGACAUGCCACGCCAGCACUAUGUCUGCUUGAGCAAGCAAGAAAAAGGAGUGAAGGGGACGCCCAAAGUUCCACUCAGAAAGUCUGCAGGAGAAUAUGUAUACCCCAUGACCCCCCAGGACUCGCCUGAGCGUCGGAGGGUGGUCUCAGCUCCCAGCGCGCCCAUGGAGUAUGGCGAGCCAUUACCUUUGCGUUGGCCAGCCCAGGAAGGAUACAUCCUCAGCAGCCAUUGCAUGGUCCCUGUCCCCCUGCCUCCACCCUCUAUGCCCGCUCCCAGUGGCCAGGCGUACGUGUCCCAGCAACACAACCCGGGGCUGAGCAGGGCUCUGCUGAGAGGGGCCCUGGAGCGAGGGGAGCUGGGCGAGCUGGUGGAUCUGAGCCAGCUGAUGAGUAAGAAGAACUGCAGUGACAGGACUCAGACUGGCCAGUGA